CAUUUAUUUACAAUGAAAAUAAAACGAAUUUUUUUUAAAUAUUUAUUUUACGCUACGUUAUUCCCUUGCUUUGUACAAUUUAUACAGACAGUUAUCAAAAUUGAACUGUUUCAAUGUUAUUUUUAAAUAUAUAAUAAAAUAUAAUUUUAAUUGAAAAAAGUUCAAAACGACUGCUAAACCCAGAUAAUCAAGAAUUGCUUAAAUGCUAAAAGAAUGUAGUUAUUAAUAGCAAUUAUGAUAAUAAUAUCACACAGGCUAUCUUUAAUAAAACUUAACAUAUUUAUCUAUUUGUAAUACAUCAAUUUGAAAGUGAAUUAUCUGACUUUUGUAUAUAUCUUACUUAAUAUAAGCAUAAUAAUUUCUAAAUGCUAUACUUGCCAUAGUAACAAAUUUAAUUAUAAAUGCCAUGGUGGCAUAUUUCAACCCAAGAUUAUUUCGUUUGCGCUUGACGGUAUACUGAAAUAUUUCUGCUAUUUACUUUAUAUUACCAUAUUGAGUUUUAAUUAUUCGAUAAAAAAACUAUUUUUAGUUUAUCAGAUUAACAUCUUUUAUUUUACGUGUUAGGGCAAGGAUAAGGUUAGUCUGAUAAUCAACGUUAUUAACAAAUCCUAUUUAGGAGCAAAAUAUACCAUGAAAACACACUUAGGUCUUUUAAUCUAUAUAGUUAACGUUUAAAAUGGACACGACACAUAUAUAUCAGGAAAAAGAUAUGUUUUCAAAUGUAAAAUAAAUUCUGUUUUAUUUUAUGCUGUGACCAUUGACAUAACGAAUGCUUUACAUUUACAUAUUUAUAAUUAUUGUUACUCUGGAAUUGUUGAACAUUUAUAUUUAAAUGUUUAUGAAGUUACAAAUUGCUCUUGAUUUCUUGUACCUUUUACAGACAUAAACGGGAAACCGAUAUUUUGGAAAUUAAGUGCAGUAGAAAUUAUUAAAUAACCAUUAUAAAAAUAAAAAUGGAGUUAUCUAUGUGAUAGAGUUUUAGAAAAAAUUCUGUAUAUAUUAGCUUAUAUUUACGUUUAGUACAUUUGUAUGUAAAAUGUUUUCUCAGCGGAGCAUACUGCCUUUCACAACCUUUGUUCUGCUAUUGAUUUGCCCCUUUUUUAUUGUUGACAAAGCUAGCAAAAGGCAUUCGAAAUUGCAAUCUUCACAUGUUAAUGAUUCGAAGAGAAGACUUGACAGCAUAGCCAUUUAUAAGACUGUAACAAAAACACCAAUUCAUUAUCAAGAUAGAGAACUGAUAUGGCACACUGAUGAAACUAAAAAUUGGACAAUUCUUCUUGAAUUAAAUAACUGCGCCUUCGAAUUAUUUCAAAAUUGGUAUAUUUACUUUUUAAAACUUUUUAUAAAAUAUCAAGUCAUUGUUAUUGCAGAGGAUGAUAUAGUUUUUAAAAAGCUUAAAUCGGAUCAUUAUGCAUCAAUACAGGUACACAGAAGUGACUAUAUAAAUAUUUCUAAUGCUUCUUCAUACAAUACACCGUUAUUUAGAAAGCUUAUGUCUGUCCGCGCAACACAUCUUUUGAUGUACUUACCAUACACACGCUACUUACUUUUUUCUGAUGUAGAUACAGUUUGGCUACACGAUCCAAUACCAUAUUUUAAAGGCAACUUUGACUUGUGGAUGCCAUUAGAUAGAAAGCUAUAUUGUGCUGGAUUUUUUGCUAUACGAAGUAAUACAGAAACAGAAAAUUUGAUACGAAAAUGGGAAAAAAGGUUAAUGGAACGGGCUUCGGUAAAUCAAAUAGUUUUUAAUAAUUUAAUUCAAAUGUCGAAAAAUCUUAAAAUUGCAAUAUUGAAUGAAUCACUCUUUCCUUCAGGAGAUAUGUACUUUAAAAAACAAUUUAGUGAAAAGGAUCGUGCUAAAGUAGUUAUCGUACACAAUAACUUCAUCAAAGGAAUUAACAUAAAGAUUGACCGUUUUAAAGAGUUUGAUUUAUGGAGUAUUUGAGCAUUUGAAGUCAAUUCAAUUGCUUAUAAUUAUUACGUUUUAACGUUAUUGAAUAAAACUAUAUUUUAUAUCUUUGGCUAUAUACCAUAAUGAUUUAGCGAAAAACAUGUCAGUUAUCUGUAUAGACAAGCAGAAUGGUUAUAAAAGUAUUUUAUGUUUUUUAUCAUUAGUUCGGUUUUAUGCAAAGAUUUUGAGCAAAGCAUUCUCUUUUUCUCUUUUCAUUAGAGAUAAUAAACCGUUUCCGAUGAACCUUCUUAUUAAUAUUCUGUCUUAUAUUCCUCAACUAAAAAAGUUUUAUCAAUCUGACGUCUUUUUAUAAUUAUUCGCAUAAUCCUGUUAGUGUUGAUCCAAAUGAUUAAAGAAUUUUAUUUAAGAAAACUGCCAACAAAUAUGUGUCAUUGUCACGAUUUGACGAUCUGUGUCUGUUGCUAUUAUUUCACUUGUGGACAUCAUUUGAACUUGGAGAUCAAACAGUAAACAUCCUAUAGAAUUAUUGACAAUUUGUAAUAAAAUUAUACAUGUAUUUAAUAUAUAUAGGCAAAAUUUAUAAUAUUUAUGCAUAUGCUGUGUAUGAAUUGUACAAAUGGUACACACAUCUCGGAAAUAUACUUCCAGUCCCUUCACGCCUUAAGAGUCCCUUGAGCAUUAGUCUUUCCUAAUUGAAUAUUGUUGAAUCAUCCUUAGGAUAUGUUGCCUGCCUUUUAAUUUGUCUUUUGACGUCUAAUCUGUGAUAUGCAGGCUUCAUUAACUCUGACCCAUACAGACCUUGGGUAGUCACUAAUCGUAAUCAUUGAUUUUUUAAUUGAUUACAUGAUUACACUGUAUUCAUCAUGUAAUUGAUAACCUUGCUCAAAUUUGAUUACAUUAAUUGUAAUUAAUCAAUUACAGCUUAAAUUCAGUCUGUAAUUAUGAUUACAAUUUGAUUGAUGUCGAUUACUUUCAGAUUUUACAUGAAACUAUUGAAAUUCAAAUGAUUUAUUUCACAUGUUACAGUUUAACUUAUAAUGAUCUCUAUAGUGUAAAUCAAUUGAUUUUGAUAAACAAAAGCAAAAUUUUUAUUGAAUAGUUAGACUCUUCUCAAUUGAAUUCUCUAUUUGAAGUAAAUAAUAGAUAUUGUCAUAAUAAACAAUGAUUGAGCAUAAAGGUAGUUUAAAGACAUCACUCACAAUGAAGAAAUAAGUUUUAAUACAUACAGUUAACCAAAUUCUAACUGAAAGAUAGACAUCAUUGUUUGGCUGGUAUUCUAACCAAAAUGUUAAAUCAUUGGAAUUAUGAUGUCUUUCCUAAAGAGACACCUGGAAAUGUGACAGCACAGUGUAAAGUGUGCCCUAGGAAGAUAAAUGGAAACACUAAGUCACAUUCAGAUUUCAUUACCCAUAUAAAGGUAUGUUAAAUUUUGUUUCACAUAUUUGGUUUACCCAUGUUUCAAACAAUUAAGAAAACUUCUUUACUUUGUAUAUUCUAGAGUUUAUUUCAGAUGCAUAUUACCAUAUUUUAAUUAUAUGCAACAGUUAUUUUGUAAGAUGAUAGACAAUGUGUCUUUAGUAUAAUGGAUACUGUUGUACCAUUGAAGUGUUUGUACAAUUUCUUUGUCAAGCCUAUUGUCUCUUUGAAUUCCCAUACAAACAUUUAUUGUUUUCACACCUGUUUUAACACCUGUAUACAGCAUACUGUACAUUUGACACUUUUCAAAAUUUCUGUUGCAGAGAGUUCAUUAUGAAACCUACACAAAGAAGACUGUGCUGUGGACCAUUCCUGCAUCAUCGGCCUCUGUAGAGCGUUUGUUUAUUGUUGUGGGUAGUUUUCCGUCCUGAUAGAUGCGGUCUGACUGACAGACGGUUUCAUGAACAUAUGAUGCUAAAGUGCCAUGCUAAAAUAUGUUAAAGUGAUGCGACAGUAACUAAAAGUGUGUUAAAUUGAUGACUGUUGAUGAGCUAGAAAUCCUUUGUGUAUAUUGAGAUGCCCCAGCAUUAAUGCUUAGCCUGAUGAUUUUGUUGAUUAUACGUUAAAUUGGCAAACAUGUACUUCAUCUUUAAUCCGUCUAUUGAUCACACUUAGCUAUUUUGUAAGACAAAACUGUUGUAUCCGUAUGUUGUACACUUAUUGGGAAGAUUGCUUUUUUGGACAUUUUGGGCCUUAUAAACAAAUUGUUAUCUAAUGAUUCAAGAUAUCAUUUGUGUAAACAUGUUUAAAGGAGAACCGCCUACAUAUUCAUGUGCAAAUAUUGAUGUGUAUACACGUAGAAUAAACUUUAAUAAUUUUAUUUUCCUAAUUCACGAAUAAAAUUAUCGGCGAUUGCCUUUGCAUAACUCUUACAAAGUCCGAUAUUGCACCGCUGCGAAAGUUACUCUCCGUUAUGCAGGUGCGACCUCAAAACCGGAAGUGAAGUAUAUUUAUCCUUGUGGAAAAUAUUGACAGUUCAUUAUAAUAGGUAAUCUGAUUUGCGCUAAAGUUGAUAUUAUCAUAUUAUGGAAGAUUUUAAUGAAGAUCACAUUGAUGAGGAUGGAUUUGUAGUUCAACCAUAUAUGUUUGAAGCGAGCCACGAACAGAAUCACCCUAUAGUUCCUAGAGCGAGGACGUUUCGGAGGACGAUUCUGAACCUGACGACGUUAAUUUCGAUGACCGUAAUAACGUCCGUUUGGGAAACUUACAUUGGUGCGACUGUUCUAAUUGUGGGGAGAUGCCAACUGGAAGGGAAUCUAGGUGUUGCCAUGAAUUCAACGAAUUAAAUGGAAAAAAUGGAUGUUUUUUCAUACAUCACACAGCAUCCUGGAUUUAUAGCCAAAUGCCUGAACAGGGGCGUCACUGAAGUUUCUUUUUAUGAAUUUCUUCAAAGGAAUGGACCUAUUGGAGAUGAAGAACCAAUC